AGGAGGAGGAGGAGAAGGAGGAGGAGGCCGGGCUCGGAGGCGGCAUGAGCCGAGCGCGGCGGCCGCGGCUCCUCUCGGCUGCGCUCGUUGCCCAUUGACAGCGGCGUCUGCAGCUCGCUUCAAGAUGGCCGCUUGGCUCACAUUCAUUUUCUGCUGAACGACUUUUAACUUUCAUUGUCUUUUCCGCCCGCUUCGAUCGCCUCGCGCCGGCUGCUUUUUCCGGGAUCUUUUAUCAAGCAGAAAUGCAUCGAACAACCAGAAUCAAGAUCACUGAGCUAAAUCCCCACCUAAUGUGUGUGCUUUGUGGAGGCUACUUCAUCGACGCUACCACCAUCAUUGAAUGUCUGCAUUCCUUCUGUAAAACAUGUAUUGUACGUUACCUGGAGACCAGCAAGUAUUGUCCUAUCUGUGAUGUCCAAGUUCACAAAACCAGACCACUACUGAACAUAAGGUCAGAUAAAACACUUCAAGAUAUUGUAUACAAAUUGGUUCCAGGACUUUUCAAAAAUGAAAUGAAGAGAAGAAGGGAUUUUUAUGCAGCUCAUCCUUCAGCUGAUGCUGCCAAUGGCUCUAAUGAAGAUAGAGGAGAAGUUGCAGAUGAAGAUAAGAGAAUUAUAACUGAUGAUGAGAUAAUAAGCUUAUCCAUUGAAUUCUUUGACCAGAACAGAUUUGAUCGGAAAGUAAGCAAAGAGAAAUCUAAAGAGGAGGUGAAUGAUAAAAGAUACUUAAGAUGCCCAGCCGCAAUGACUGUGAUGCACUUAAGAAAAUUCCUCAGAAGUAAAAUGGAUAUACCCAAUACUUUCCAGAUUGAUGUCAUGUAUGAAGAGGAGCCUUUAAAGGAUUACUAUACACUAAUGGACAUUGCCUACAUUUAUACCUGGAGAAGGAAUGGUCCACUUCCCUUGAAAUACAGAGUUCGACCUACGUGUAAAAGGAUGAAGAUGAGUCACCAGAGAGAUGGACUGACAAAUGCUGGAGAACUGGAAAGUGACUCUGGGAGUGACAAGGCCAACAGCCCAGCAGGAGGUAUUCCCUCCACCUCUUCUUGUUUGCCUAGCCCCAGUACUCCAGUGCAGUCUCCUCAUCCUCAGUUUCCUCACAUCUCCAGCACUAUGAAUGGAACCAGCAACAGCCCCAGCGGGAACCACCAAUCUUCCUUUGCCAAUAGACCUCGGAAAUCGUCAGUAAAUGGGUCAUCAGCAACUUCAUCUGGCUGAUUCCUGAGACUGUGGAGGGAAAUGAUUUUAAAACCCCGAUUUAUAUAGAUAUCUUCAUGCCAUUACAGCUUUAUAGAUGCUAAUACAUGUGACUAUCGUCCAGUUUGCUUUCUUUUGUAGUGACAUUGAGUUUGGCUAUAAAAGAUGGACUAGAUGUGAUACUCAUGUGGACGUUAAUGGAAAAGAUUGUUUCUGUAAAGAAUUGAAUUCUGGGAAGGCAGGCAAGAUCUUCUUCCUGUGUGUCAGGAAAGAAGUGAAGAGGUUUCAGUAACCAUUGUUUGGAUUUGGAAAUACUCUGCAGUGGAUUGAAGCAUUUGGGCCAUAGUUUGUUACUGUCAGUUAAGACCUACAUCACAUUUUCCUUGAUUGUUGUUUGUUAUUAUGCUGUUUUGUGAACCUGUAGAAAACAAGUGCUUUUUAUCUUGAAAUUCAACAAACAGAAAGAAUAAGCAUAGAAUAAUGCAUUCUAUGUAGCCAUGUCACUGUGAAUAACAAUUUCUUGCAUAUUUAGCCAUUUUAAUUCCUGUUUGAUUUUUACUUCUCUGUUGCUACGCAAAACCGAUCAAAGUAAACUUGUUUUACAAUCUGUAUGCCUAAAAGCGGGUACUACCGUUUAUUUUACUGACUUGUUUAAAUGAUUCGCUUUUGUAAGAAUCAGAUGGCAUUAUGCUUGUUGUACAAUGCCAUAUUGGUAUAUGACAUAACAGGAAACAGUAUUGUAUGAUAUAUUUAUAAAUACUAUAAAGAAAAUAUUGUGUUUCAUGCAUUCAGAAACUGGUUGUUUAAAUUCUCCAAACUGGUUCGACCUUUGCAGACACCUGUCCCUACCUUGUGGUGAGCCUUACCAGCAUAGAGUAAAUGUGAUGUGGAAGUCUAAUUCCAAAUUCUGUUCCAUUGGAAGUAAUUGCCAAGUCAUCGUAAUUCUGACUUUCCUCCAGUAAUGUUUACUUUUAAAAUUAAUUUUCAGUAAAGAAAAUUUUAGCUAAGGCUUAUAGAGUGUCCUACUUUUCCAUUGGUUAUGAUGGGAUGAAUGUGUUUUUUAAAUGCAUUUUAGCACUGUAACUCUAAAAUUUUUAACUAAACCAUUUUAAUUCCUGGAAGAAAGCAUUUUAUCUAAAAUUAUUUUAAUAUGUGAUACAGUAACUUCCAAUUAAGAGUUGUUUUAAUAGUUAUGCCUGCUCUUUUGUCUGGAAGUUAGAAGCAAUUUAUCAUAGCUUCUACAGAUAUUUUUAAAUCAAGUAAACAUGUCAAAUUUAAAAAAAAAAUCCCAUCAGUUUCAGUUUGUGUUUUGCUUUGGUCGGACUUGGUGUGUUCAUCCCUCAUCAGUUAUUUGUGAGGACGUUUAUCCUAUAUGAUUAUUGUUUCAUGUUUGUAUGGGAAAUUGUAGCUAAACAUUUCAUUGUCCCUCAGUAUGCAAAAGAAGCACAAUUCUAUUGCUUUGUCUUGCUUAUAGUCAUUAAAUCAUUACUUUUACAUAUAUUGCUGUUCUGCUUUCCUUGAAGACUCAGUAAAUGUUUUAUGAAGCCACAAAAUACAUAUAUUUUUAUUUUGACCUAAAUUUGUACAGCCCCAUUGUAUGUGUUGUUUCUAAUUAUAGUUGUAAAAUGAAAUUUCAUUUGUAAUUGGAAAAAUCCAAUAAAAUAUUCAUUUAGAAAAUAGCUAAGAUCUUUAAUAAAAAUUUGAUAUGAAAAGCACAAUGUGCGGAAGUUUUGGAAACUAUUGGAUUAUAACGAGUGAAAGUUGAAGGGAAUACAUCCCUGUCUUACUAAGAAGUACAUGAUUUGUUGUGUAUUGAGAGCCCAGUGAAAGAUGUAUCUGUUUAUUUACAAUCUUUGAAGUAAAAGUUACCAAUGUUUGCUAA